AUGUCUGAUACUCUUUCUCUCCGUGGAACACUCGAAGGCCACUCAAACUGGGUGACAGCUAUUGCCACUACAUCGGAAAAUCCUGAUAUGAUUUUAUCUGCUUCCCGUGAUAAAACCAUAAUCGUUUGGAGUUUAACUCGGGAUGAGACUAAUUAUGGGGUACCUAAGAAAGCUCUCACAGGUCACAAUCAUUUUGUACAAGAUGUGGUCAUUUCUUCCGAUGGUCAAUUCGCUUUAUCUGCAUCAUGGGAUAAAACCCUUCGCCUCUGGGAUUUAAACAAUGGGACGACAACUCGUCGUUUUGUGGGUCAUGACAAAGAUGUUCUUUCUGUAUCUUUUUCGCCUGAUAAUCGUCAAAUUGUGUCGGGUUCGAGAGAUAAAACCAUCAAAUUAUGGAACACGCUUGGAGAAUGUAAAUUUAACAUUCAAGACGACGGUCAUUCCGAAUGGGUUUCAUGUGUGAGAUUCUCACCAAAUCCAUCAAACCCAGUUAUUGUGUCAUGUGGUUGGGAUAAGCUUGUUAAGGUUUGGGAACUUACUAAAUGCAAGCUUCGAACCAACCACAUUGGCCACACUGGAUACAUUAAUACUGUAACCAUUUCACCAGAUGGUUCACUUUGUGCUUCAGGUGGAAAGGAUGGAAUUACGAUGUUAUGGGAUCUUAACGAGGGCAAACAUUUGUAUUCAUUGGAAGCUGGAGAUAUUAUCAACGCAUUAGUUUUCAGUCCAAACCGUUAUUGGUUGUGUGCUGCUACCGCAUCAUUCAUUAAGAUUUGGGAUCUUGAAACCAAGACUGUCGUUGAUGAUCUCAAACCAGAUUUCACGGAAACGGGUAAAUAUUCAAAAGAUCCCGAAUGUAUUUCACUCGCAUGGUCACCGGAUGGCACUACUUUGUUUGCUGGUUAUACAGAAAUUCUGUAUACCAUUCAAACUAUCUGGGAGUGGAACGAUACUGAUAAUGAACAAAUUAAUUCCUUUUGUCGUACAAUUGAAAGUAAAACCGGUACCAAAAUCAAUUACAUUAUAGAAAAACAUGUUUGUAUUUAUUGGUCAUUCGAAAGAAUGUCGUUUGAGAUUAAGGGUACUAAACAUGAUGAAUUGAGCAAAGCGUGUGACGAAUUGGUCAAACUGCUUAAUAAUAAAUCCAACACCGCAAAGCCGGUCCUUGUGGUACCUCGUAAACCUAAAAAAAAAACGCGCAGAAUCUUGAGUGAUCCGGUUGGUCCACCUCCUGAUUUAUCGGAUGAUGAAGUACGACCAUUGAUUAUAAGCGAAGAUGAAGAAACCGAAGGACUACAAGACAUAUUUAGAUUCUCUAACAUUGUUCAAGAAAUUGGCAAUGUAUUGGGAUGGAAUCGUAAAGAAACCUUCCUAAUUACCGAUUAUUGGAAAGACAUUUGUAGAGAUUGUAAUGUUACAGGUGAUGUAAUUCCAGAAGAAAAGCAAAUACAAAUUACUGGAGGUAAAAGGAGUGAUAUCGAGGAGGCAUUAAAGAGAUUAGAUCAAUUAGAAAAAAAUUAUCUUCAACCAACCCCAAAACCAAAACGGAUUCCACUUGUACAUUACCCAGAUCAAUCUGUAUUAUUCAAAUUGUAUUUUUGUCCCCUCCAAAAUCAUUCAUACUUUAGCAAGACGGUUAAACCUAUUGCGAAGGAUAAUUACAUACUUGUUGCGGCUAUAGGACAUCCAGUUACAAAAAAAUAUAUAGUACCUAGAGAAAACUUAAUCUCCGAUCCCAAUUUGCAACAGGAUAGUUAUUCACAUGAUAUUCAAUAUGACCGUAUGCAGAUGAAAUGGCAGGAAAGUCACAGAGAGGAAGAAAGGGCUGUAAAAGGAAAAGCCAAGGUAGUCUAUCCUCCCAGUAACCCUACACCUUCGAGGCUUAGUAACGAUAUGCAAUGGCCUUCCCAUACACCUGACGUAAAAUCAACAUCCACUUUCCCAGCCCCUACUUCUCGUAAUGACGAUUUUGGAUAUCAGUCCCAGAGAAAUAAUAGAGAAAGUUACCCUGGAAGUAAUGCACCUUCCACUCCAAAGAAACCGAAUGAAUUUCGAAAAUCAUAUGAUCAUACCAACCAAGUUUCAACAACCUUGAUUGAUCUUGAUACUGAUGAACAGUGGACGGAUACAUUUAAUGAGAACAAAGUAAUAGUAACCGCUAUUAAACCUAGGACCAAGCAGAUGUUUAAUCAAAAAAACCCUAAUAGCAAUAAUCGUCCGGAUGGACCCACUCCCGGGAAAAUGAUUCGAGAUUAUAAUUUUACGAUUAUUAAAAAUGCAAUGAAAGAAGUAUUAGAGAAUGUACGAGUACAUAAAGGCGAGAUACGUUUUUAUGGAUGUUUGGGCAAAGUGAUGUUCCCUAAAGUUCCUGAACAAGUUAGGCGUAAGCUAUGGGAAUUUAAUGAUUUGAAAGACGUUAUUGGUUCAGAAUAUGGUGUAAACCCAAUGUUCAAUAGAAUUGCAACAUUCGACGACAAUAUUGUUGAGAAAUUUGCUCGGGUUCUUGGUCCAAAUUCUGCCCAAAAAUCUGCGCAUUUCGAAGUAAUAGCAGAUGCAACAAACACUCCACAUGGCGCUUAUUCUAAGGUUUUCAUGUAUGUUAAAAUGGGUUACGUGUCUUUAGAAAAAGUCAUGCUACCAUGGAAUAGCCCUGUAGAAAUAGAUUGGACGAUAUUAGAUCGGUAG